CUCAUUCGAUUUCUGUCCGCGGCCGCCGCAAGCGCCGCGCAUUGCCACAUACAUUGAAUAGUGCACGCGUACUUUUUGUUUACUUCACAAAUACCAGCAAAUACUUAGUUCUCUGCAGCAUGAUAGGUAUAUUGCACUGAGUGUAUUACGAAUUUUAAUUGUUUAUAGACUCUUGUUUAUGAAGUUAAAAUGUCUGUUAGUGCUUUUCUAUUUGGGAUUGUAAUUUUAUUGUUGAUUGCACUUGCAAUAUUUCAUUAUGGCACAAACGGAAGAAAGUAUUGGUACACCAGAAAUGUUCCAUAUAGAGAGCCAUGUCCAAUUUUCGGAAAUUUUGGUGCAACGUUAACAAUGCGUCGGAGUUAUACGAAAAUGCUUCAGCUAUUUUAUGAUCAAUUUCGAGACAACAGAUAUGUCGGCAUUUUCCAAGCGAGAAGACCUGCUUUAUUUUUGAUUGACUUAGAUUUAGUGAAGACAGUACUUUCCAAGGAAUUUCAAAAUUUUAGUGAUCGAAUUUCAGUCGCAACAGAUACACGUCGAGAACCACUUUUGCGGAAUGUAGCCAACAUGAGCGGCUCUGAAUGGCAAAAAAUGCGUCAUAUUAUUACACCCACAUUUUCCUCUGCUAAAAUGAAAGCUAUGUUCCCUUUAGUGGCCGAUUGUGCAAAAACAUUGAAAGCCACUCUUGCUUUCGAGUCAUUUGAGGAUAUUGAGGUUCCGAAGUUAAUGUGUCGCUUCACUACUGACGUUAUUGGAAGCUGUGCAUUUGGAGUUGAUCCUGGAGCCCUCAAAGACAGCCAAUCACCAUUUUUAAUUAUGUCACAAAAGAUGUUCAAAGCUGACCGUACAACUAUAUUGAAACGGUACUGUCGCACAUUUUUUCCGCGAAUAUUUAAACUUUUAAAUCUCAAAACGUACUCAUUGGACGUUGAAAUAUUUUUUACGAAUAUAAUCAAACGAGUUCUAACAGAAAGACGGAAGACUGGCGAGCAGCGAAGUGAUUUUCUUCAACUUAUGCUAAAUGUGCAAAAAACGGAAACAGGAUUUAAUAUGACUGAUGAAUUAAUAACCUCAAAUUCUUUUAUAUUUAUGUUAGCUGGCCUAGAAACGUCGGCAACAACUUUAUCUUUCUGUUUAUACCAGCUAGCGCAAGAUCAAAAUCUGCAAAACAAGUUACGAAAUGAAAUAGUUGAAUGUUUAGAUCGUUAUAAUGGCUUAAAUUAUGAAGCUGUUUGUGGGAUGCGUUUAGUCACUCAAACAUAUCUAGAAACAUUACGAAUGCACCCACCGACACCGCUCACCACCCGACUGUGUACAGCUCCUUGCACAUUGCCUGGUACCGAUUUGAAAAUGAAAACACGAGAUGCGCUUCUUGUCCCAAUAUAUUGUAUACAAAGAGAUCUGAAGUAUUUUUCCAAUCCAGAUAAAUUUGAUCCAGAACGGUUUCAAGAUGAUUUGAAUCCGACGGGCUUCAUAGCAUUUGGUGAAGGACCAAGGAGCUGUCCAGGUGCCCGUUUCGCUCAGUUGAUGGUGACAGCUGGUCUAGCAACAGUUCUCGAAAAUUUUAUAGUAGAGCCAUGCGCAAAAACUACGCCCGACAUUGACUAUGAUACAAGAAGUGUCAUGUUAAAAAAUAAAGGUAGCAUUUGGCUAAGAUUUAGACCUCGUGAAUAAUUAUAUGCAAUGAGAAAAUCUGUAUUUACUAUCACUUAUAACCAAAAACUUUAAUGAACAUGGUAAUUUGAGUGUAGUAAGGAAACGGAGACGAAAAUAAAACAUACGGAUAACCAAAGAUAUCGUAAAGAUUUAGACAAGAAAGAAACAAUGGACCCGAUACAUAAAAAGUACGAAGAAUAAAUAAUUGAGACGAAUUAUAUACCUACAUUAAAUAUGUAACGAUCAUUUACAAAAGGAAAUGUGGACAAAUGGUAGCUCACCAUGUUAUUUAAAUUUACAGCGGAUAAAUAACUUCACGUAUUUAUUAUUUUUUCAGUAUUAUUGCUCUAAUAAACCUCGAUAAUGUAUAACGGCAGUAGGUACAAAGAUAAAUCUUAUCUGACAUUUCUGAAACAAUGUGUUUAUUUAGAACUCAAUCGAUCGAUGAUGAAUAUUUAUGAUUUAUAUAAAUUAAUUACGUUUGUUAUCAGUUAUGCAAUUUAAAAAGUGUUAUCUUGAAUAGAAUACUAAAUGAAUAGAAGUUUAUUAAUUUGUAAGUAAAAGUAUGAAUAAUAUUAGGACUGAAUACGUACUAAGUAAUUAUAAGCUAUGUUUAUACUUUGUAAAUUAUUGUUAUAUAUUUAAAGGGCGACUUUAUUUAAUAAUAAGAAUAAUAAUCAAUCUCAA